UACUCUCCACUACAUGAACAUCGGAUUCACCAGCAUGUUUACCAUUGAGUGUAUUCUCAAGAUUGUCGCUUAUGGAGUUCGGAAUUUCUUCAAAGAUCCUUGGAAUACAUUUGACUUCAUCACUGUUAUUGGCAGCAUUGUAGAUGUUUUAGUUAUUGAAUUUGGGGAGAAAUUCAUCAACGUGGGAUUCUUGAGGCUGUUCCGAGCCGCGCGCCUCAUUAAGCUGUUGAGACAGGGCUACACCAUCAGGAUAUUAUUGUGGACUUUUGUGCAAUCUUUUAAGGUAAAUAACUGGUUUUUUGGUGACUAAUAAGAGAAAUAUUUCCAGACAUGAGCAAUACUUCAGGUUUUACAUAAGCUGUCACAUGGGUAUGUGACAAUGCUCACAGUUAUCCUGCAUUAA